CAUACGCAUAUAUGUACACACCCCUCUCGGGACCUUUAAAUCCAUUCAGACGUUCAUUUAGAAGCACACGGUGCUGACAGCGUGACAUGUCAGAGUGGACUCAUGGAUAUGUUUUUACUGGUUUUCACUUUAGGUGGAGGUGUAUUGCAGUUGAUCAGCAGGCAUUUUAUCCUGACAUGCCACAGGUGAAAAGGCUCAGCGAUGUUUGUCACUGUUGUAGCUGUGAGUUUCCUGAUGCUGCCGCACAGCGUGGCUCUGUGGGCCUGUACCCGCUCCUGCCCCCCCAGCUGCACGUGCACUCAGGAGAAAAGCUGCACAGUGCUGUGUGACCGCGCCAACAUGGUCGAGCUUCCCACAGAGUUCCCCUGCGAAGCGUCCUCCAUCAACCUGGAGAAGAACAGCCUGAAGUUCUUGGCUGAGCGAGCCUUUGGCACUCUACCCUCGCUCAAGUCGCUCUCCUUGGACCACAACAACAUCUCCUUCAUCACACCGGGGGCUUUCAAAGGGCUACCAAACCUGCUGGAACUCAAGAUGGCCCACAAUGAGUAUAUCCGCUAUCUCCACACGCGCACCUUCACCUCGCUUAAACGUCUGGUGCGCCUGGACCUUUCUGACUGCAACCUCUUCAACAUGCCUGACCGCAUCUUCCUGGAGCAGAUAUCCCUGAAGGAGCUGCUCUGCUUCCAGAACAAUUUCAGGCGCAUCCCAGGCGCUAUACGAGGAAUGGAGAACCUGACACACAUUUACUUGGAGCGCAACAAGAUUGAAGCGGUGGCCUACAACUCUCUGCUGGGCCUAUUCAACCUCAAGUAUCUCAACCUACAAGAGAAUCGCAUCAGCGUCAUCCACGAUGAGGCUUUUAAGGACCUCCGUCGACUGGAAAACUUUUACCUGAACGACAACCUGUUGGCUGAGUUGCCUCAGCAAUCUUUCAAGGGUCUCAGUCGCCUCAAGAUGUUAAAUCUGGGUGGUAACUUGCUGACCAAUGUCUCCAAAAGCUGGUUUGGUGACCUGGUGGAGCUGGAGGUGCUCUACUUGGACCGGAACCGCUUGUCCUUCAUCGAAGUGGGUGCUUUUGAGAAUUUGACCAGCCUAAUGACGCUGCAUCUCAACAGCAACAACCUGACUACGCUGCCUUUCUCCGUCUUCCAGCCUAUCUACUUCAUUGGACGCCUCUACUUGUUCCGCAACCCCUGGGAGUGCAACUGUGAGCUAGAGUGGCUGAAGGAGUGGAUGGAGAGCUAUAAGCUGGUGAGGGACAUCCCGUGCACUUCCCCUUCUUCAGUAGCUGGAUUGGACCUGAGCGAGGUCAUCUAUGCUCGUCUGAACGGCACUUGUGUGGACCCUGCAGAACUCAACCUGACCACGGCUAUCCCGGACUACCCCACCACCGAGAACAAGUUUAAUAGCCUGAUCUCCAAACUGCUGCACCAGGAACUGAGGGAGGAGAUGGGGAAUUCUACAGAGGGUCCAAGGAAUGGCACAUUGCUGGAGCCAGCGGAGGGCCAGCUGUCUUCAGCCCACAGGUCAUCUAGUGCUGGUCAAAUCCUGCCUCUCCUGCUGGCCUGUCUGUUCUUCCUUCAAGCUCCAGCCUCUCUUUCCAGUCUUACUAAUGCCUCAUGAAAGUCUGGCACAUGGAAGAAGAGACAGUUUGCCAAGAGAGAAGAAAACAUUUGGGCUGAAGGCUUUGUAGAUGAGAUUUUUCCUAGAGACUUGGAUUGUAUGUCUCGACAAAACAAGGAAAUGCCAGCCGUUAUGGUUCUGAAGAAACCUUUCUCAGAAAUGUGAUACUGUUAGAGAAACUGGUGUUCUGCAUCUCUGAAUAGUUGGUUUAAAGGAAUCUAAAAAGGCAAUUCCACCAACACAUGUGGAUGUGGGUGAAUGACUGGUUUUCAUGUAUUCUCAGAAUGAUUUGCUUUUUUUAAAAGUGAUAAUUACAGAUAUCUUAGUAUAUGUAAGAUACUAGCUUAAAUAAACUAUAUAGAGUGAUGACAGUUGCCACAGAGAUUGGAAAACGAUGUUGAAUUGCUAUUGCAUUACAUGUGCAUUCUUGUAAAAAUGCACUUUGAGCUUUAGGUUCACUUCUUCACUCAGGAGUUUCAGUGGUGGCCAUGUGCUGGACUCUUAUGGUGUUGGUAUAGAAAAUGGGGUUGUACACUUAGUGUUACACCAAAAUGACACUGUCACUGUCCCAAAAAAAGAAAAAAAAGAAAAAAGAUUUCCACUAAAUUAGUGCAGCUAAUUUCAGGGGUAUUAUAGUACUGAUUUUGGUUUUUAGAAAAGUAAAAAUGGAUUAAAUCUUUUUUUUUUUUUGGACAGUGGUGAUAUGUAAUAUUUAAGAAUAUACAACUGUGACAAUACAGAUCUAAAAUAGGGCUGCCUAAAUAUUUGGCCAUCUGAAAAGUUACCCCAAGUCCACCACUCACCAAAUGAGAAAAAUAUUUUUAUACUAUUACUUUCUUGUUUUCCUUUUAACACUGUAUUUUUCAAGUGUUCAAGUAGCAAAAUAAGUGUAAUGUUAUAAAAUGCAUGUACCCCACCACAAUCAUUACACUUUGGUCCUCUUUGGUGAACAAAGAGUCCUAGCAGCCCUGCUGCAGAGGCUGCCCUUACAUAAAAAUGGACCUUUACUAUAAACACUGCAUUAACAUGAGUUAUGGUAAUACUGACGUACUUCAGCUACAAUGGAACGUGCUUCAUGCUUCCCUUUGUUGCGUAAUUUUAUGUAAUUUGUGAGCAGGUAAUGUUUCAUAAAGCUGAACCUGUUACUGUCAUUUUAACAGAUGGUGUAACAUGCUUGCCUCUCAUAUGAUUCUUUCAACUGGGUAAAUGUAGACGUUUCUAGUUUUAAUAAAUGCAUUAAUCUUC